GAGAAUGUGCAAGUGAAAAGCUCACUCUGAGCCCAGAAAGGAACAGAAAAAGGUUAUUAAUUGAUAAGUUGUUUUUUAAUAUGAAUAUGAGGUUGCUUCAAAACUUAUCUAAGGAUAAGGCUGUGAUAAAUAAUUCCUAAUCCGAUCCCUAACUGGAUAUUUACUAAUUAUUUAUUUUCAAACGUGGCGGGAGUGUUUCAAUUCAACAGCGUCUCUACCACUGAAAAAUCAGCUUUUACAUCAGGCGGGUAUUCAAGCACAGGCCCUCAUUUAUUUUUAUGUUCUGUUCACACGGGCGGCUAUUCAAACGGACCCUUAUCAAGAUCGGGCGGUAAAACGAGCAUAUACGAUAUCGACUAUCAAACCUUGGUAUGAUCGUGUUGAACAGCGGCUUGGGUGUAAAGGGAUAUGGUAAUAAAAAUGUAUCAAUGGAGUACACAACGGAAGCUACUUUCACUCAUCCUACACAUAAACCGGGAAGCAGGAAAUAUCGACUAUCAAACCUUGGUAUGAUCGUGGUGUUAAACAGCGUCUUGGGGAAGGGAUAUAUUGAUAAAAAUGUAUCAAUGGAUUACACAACUGAAGCUAUUCUCACUCAUCCUACACAUGAACCGGAAAGCAGGAAAUAUCGACAAUCGAACCUUCGUAUGAUUGUGAUGAAUAGCAGCUCGGAUCUGAAGGAAGAUGGCGAUAAAAAUAAUUUAUCAAUGGAAUAUUCCACUGAAGCUAUUUUCACUCAUCCUAUGUCUACAUUCAAACAAUUUGGUCUCGAACAAAUAGACCUUUUGAAGAGAAUGGAUUCAAAACGACCGUUGUUUAAUAUAACGAAGGAACCUUGGAGAAUUUUGCAAACAAAACAUAGAAUGGAUUCAUCAGAUUGUCGAUGGCCAAUGAUUAUUGCAGUAAAAUCAGCAUACUAUAGGGUUGAACAAAGACAUCGUGUCAGGAAAACAUGGGGUUCCAACAAAUUCUUCAAUGGAGUUUGUUUAGAUGUUGUUUUUGCUGUUGCAAGCACAUCAACCGCAGAAGAGAACGUUAAGUUAGAAAAAGAAGAAUCGGAGCAUGGCGAUAUUCUACAGGUUGAAUUGGAAGAAACCUAUCGAAACAUCGGAUUAAAAGCCCUGGCUUCGAUGCGAUGGGUAGCGGAUCAUUUUCCAAGCAACUGGAUAUAUUCAUCUGGAGAUGAUGACAUGUUACCAGAUUUCCCUCGUUUAUUCAAAAAUAUAGAAAAAUCAAUACCCGAAGAAGGGAAAUUUUCAACAAAUUCCAGCAAUCCAAUCUCGAAUCAUCGAUUAAACACGAAAAACUUCCCAAUAUUUUGCGGACAUGGAUAUAGACCUACCUCAAAACCACAUCGAUUUAAAAGUAAAUGGCAUGUCAGCGUAGAAAUAUAUCCCUACGACUAUUAUCCGCCAUUUUGUUUGGGCGGAUUUUAUUCAAUGUCAGUGAAGCACGCCAGCGCAAUUUACUCUGUUUCAAGAUGGUACCCCUAUUUUUAUUUGGAUGAUGUUUGGAUAACAGGAUUUAUGAGAUUACGUUUGUGUGAUGUGAUGACGGAUCGGGAUUUUGUAUUCAAUAAGAGGGAUAUUCACUGUGGGAUAUCUUCUAUGAACGAGGUUGCAGUAAAGCACGAUAUCUAACUAAAGUUGUUUUCUUUUUUUUUUUAAUUUAAAUAUGUUCACUAUUUGGUUCGCGAACAUUGUUAAUUAAACGAUAAAUAUUUAUAUUCGAGCCAGUUUCGGAAAACACUGUGCAAUGUGUAGGUGGAUUUAAUAAUAGCGGCUUCAACAAA